GUGAUCGACACACGGACGCCUGCCGGGCACCGAACUACCUGCCCGCCCGCGGGUAAUCCCUCUGGCUCUGGGCACUUGCCAGGACAAUCAAUCGGCCAGCCCCCAGCUCGAGCGCAACCGCUCCACCAUCGACGACGUCCACCACCUCCGCUUCGAGCCGGCCCGGACGGCCUGCCGGACGGCGGACGGCGUCCCUGAUCCAUCUCAGACGGGACCGACCGGACGACGACGACACGCUCUUCACGCGCGGCCGCCGCACCACCGCCGGCGAUAGGAUCCCGACCCCCGGCCCAUGAAGGAACUGCACGAUCUCCACGACGCGCGCCGACGUGUCGCCUCGCAUCCAUCCGGCGGAUAUUGUCAGACAGAUCACCGCUGUGGCCCUGUCAAAGCUUAGACAAACUAUACAGCACGAAAAAGAUCCAAAAAUACCAGGAAAACCGGCACAAAACCAAAGGGAAAAUACAGCAAAAACAUCAGGAAGAAGAAAAAUAAAAAUUGCCAGAUCAAGCCCAGCCCGCCCAAUCCAGCAGCGCUAUAUAACCACCAGCGAGCGAGAUGCGGAAGUGGACGAAGAAGCUGGGCCACACCCUCUCCCGCCUCCUCACCUCCAGGCCCCCCUUCGCUUUCUCCCGGCCCAGGCCCACCCCUCCCGCUCCUCCUCCUCCUCUCCCCCCUCCGCCUCCGAUCCAGCCGCCGCCGCCGGGGCUCCUCCCCUCCCCCUCCCCCACCAUGCCGCACCACGGCAGCCACCGCCCGCUGCAGCACGCCCCGGGGGGCCACGUGUUCCCGCGCGCCGCCUCCACGGUCCUCCCGGACCCGUCCCGCUUCUUCGCGCCGCAGCUGCUCGCCGCGCCGCUGCCCACCAACUCCUUCUUCCAGAACUUCGUCCUCAAGAACGGGGACCAGCCGGAGUACCUCCACCCCUACUCCGUGCGCUCCCCCGGCGGGGCGGCGCUCGACGUCUGCUACCCGUCGCGGAACCACUCGCCGUCCUUCGACAUCCAGACCUUCGUCGCCGACCUCACCGUCUCCGACGCCGCGGGGAGCGGCGGCGAGCGCCACCGCGUCGCGGCCUUCGACGACCUCUCCGUCACGCUCGACGUCUCCCCGGCGCUCCGCGCGCACCUCGUCCGCGGGUGCCCCUACGUGACCGUCGUCACCACGGCGGGGCCCGUCGACGUCUCCGUCGCGUCCGUCCACGCCUUCGUCGACGUCGCCGCCUGCGACGGCGCCGGCACCAAGUGGCGCCUCGGGAUGAACAGCGGCCAGACGUUCCUCCUCUACGCGUCGGCGCCGAUCCGCCUCGCGCAGGACGCCGGCACCACGACGCGGCUCUCGGCGCCCGGGUUCGCCGGCGCCAUCCGGGUCGCCUACCUCCCCGACGCGUCCAUGGAGCCCGUCCUCGACCGCUACAGCGGCUGCUUCCCGACGGCGGGGCACGCCGCGCUGGACCGGCCCUUCUGCGUCGACUACUCGUGGCGCACGGCCGGGCACGGGGAGCUGCUGAUGCUCGCGCACCCGCUCCACCUGCGGCUGCUCUCCGACGACUGCGGCGCCCGCGUGCUCGGCGACUUCCGGUACCGGAGCAUCGACGGCGACCUGGUGGGCGUGGUCGGCGACGCGUGGGCGCUGCGCGCCGACCCGGUGUCGCCCACGUGGCACUCGACGCGAGGCGUGGCCGAGGACGGCGUGGCCGAGGUGGCCGCCGCGCUCCGCGGCGACGUGGCCGGCCUCGCGUCCGCCCCGAUCACCACCACGUCGUCCUACUUCUACGGCAAGGCGGUGGCGCGCGCGGCGCGGCUGGCGCUGAUCGCGGAGGAGGUCGGGUGCCCCGACUUGAUCCCCGCGGUGCAGAGCUUCCUUCGGGCCACCGUCACGCCGUGGCUGGACGGCAGCUUCCAGGGCAACGGCUUCUUCUACGACGCCAAGUGGGGCGGGCUGGUGACGCUGCAGGGGCUCCGGGACUCCGGCGCCGACUUCGGGUUCGGCAUCUACAACGACCACCACUACCACCUGGGCUACUUCCUCUACGCCAUCGCGGUGCUGGCCAAGAUCGACCCGUGCUGGGGCCGCAAGCACAUGCCCCAGGCCUACGCCAUGGUGGCCGACUUCAUGACGCUGUCGCGGAACCGGGCCGGCGGCAGCUUCACCCGGCUCCGGAUGUUCGACCUGUGGAAGCUGCACUCGUGGGCGGGCGGGCUGACGGAGUUCGCGGACGGGCGCAACCAGGAGAGCACCAGCGAGGCCGUGGGCGCCUACUACUCGGCGGCGCUGGUGGGGCUCAGCUACGGGGACGCGCACCUGGUGUCGCUGGGCGCGACGCUGGCGGCGCUGGAGGCGCUGGCGGCGCAGACGUGGUGGCACGUGCGCGCCGGCGAGGGCAUCUACGAGGAGGACUUCGCGGCGGCGAACCGCGUGGUCGGGGUGCUGUGGGCGAACAAGCGCGACAGCGGGCUGUGGUUCGCGCCGCCCGAGUGGAGGGAGUGCCGGCUGGGGAUCCAGCUGCUGCCGCUGCUGCCCGUGAGCGAGGCGCUGUUCCCGGACGCGGCGUUCGUCCGGGACCUGGUGGCGUGGACGGAGCCGGCGCUGGCGCGGGACGGCGUCGGGGAAGGGUGGAAGGGGUUCGUGUACGCGCUGGAGGGGGUCUACGACCGGGACGCCGCGCUGGCCAAGACGCGGGCGCUCACGGGGCACGACGACGGCAACUCGCUCACCAACCUGCUCUGGUGGCUCCACAGCCGCGGCAGCGUCGUCGGGGACGGAGGCGACGGCUUCCGACGCUGCUGCUGGUACCGCCAGUACUGCCACUGACAUCUGACCGGUGGCUGAGGGCCAGCGGGUGACCGUUGCCUGCUCUGCAUGCCCGUUGUGGUGGUCCGUGGAGCAGAGAGAGAGACUGAGGAGAGUGUUGGAUACGUUGAAAAGUCAUACGAUGCUGUGUCCACGCACGCAUCACGAUGGUACACACUUUUAUAUUUGAAAUAAAAGUCAUUAUACUGCCGUGA